AUGAGCUCAACCAUGGCUGAAAUUCGUUCAACCUUACAAUAAUAUUAUGAUAUAUAUAUAUAUAUACUGCCAUUUCACGUGCGCGUGCGUGCGAUCGUGUAAAACCACCGUUGCCCCCCGCCGCGCCGGCGCAGUUACCUCGAUCCGCGGCAUCGUCGGCGAUGGCGUUGAUACUUGAUAAACUGAUAAGCUAUCGUCGUAAACACUGCGGCGGUGUACGACGGUAUCCACAACUUUAAUAAUAUUAUAAUUUAUAAAUAUUAUAAUAUUAUAAGCAAUUCAGUACUUAAUAUUUGUCUAUGGUUAUAAACUUCUCCGCUCGCCAGCGAUUACGACUGCACGGCCGUAAAUCGUAAACAACAGCGGCAGUAAUAGUAAAUUGUAAUAAUUGUAAGCGCGCGUCGCCCGGUUUCCUUGAUGCAUCAUAUUGUCGGUCCGUCGUCGUCGUUUGCGCUGCGCGGAUCGCGUCGUGUGUCGUACGACUACUGCAAUAGGAAUAAUGACGUGCUCGCCCGCGCCGCGCCGUCAGUCGGUUGCUAAUCGGCGGAUGCGAUGAACGCGCCACCGUUACCGAAAUCAGAGAGGCAGUGCAACAACGACGGUGCCAUCGUGACGGUACGACGCCACGCCGCGUCGUGAACGCCCGCACAUAUCGUAUAUACACACCGUCCGGGAGAUGUGGAUAGCAACAUGGUGUCUGGGCUUCGUCUUGUUCUCGUGUCCCAAUUGCCUGUACGUUUGCGUCGGACGCGCAGCCGCCCAAAACAAAAGCAACUGUGAUUCACAGGUAACCAAAAGUAAACCACAGAAUUUAACUGUUGCUAAUGUAACCAGUCGAACAAUAACAAUAACAUGGCUCGCACCAAAAGAUGGUGAGGAUGGAAUAACCAAUUACAAUCUUUAUUAUUCACAUGACAAUAACACAUAUGCAAGAUUAUUGGCAAAUACACACAUAUAUACAAUUGUAAAUCUCAUACCUUACACUGAGUACCAAGUACACAUUGUAGCCAAAUGCGAACAAUAUAUAAAAAGUGAAUCUUCAGAUACGAUAAUUCAAUAUACUGAUGUUGAUGGUCCAGGUCCACCAAUUAUUACAAAUGCUACAUGUGUACCAGGAACUAAUGGUACAUCUAUUUUCUUACAAUGGACUACACCUCGACUAUUUUAUAGAUCAGUGGAUGAAUAUAUUAUAUAUGUUUAUGAUACUUCUGAUAUUGUUAAGAAUUUCAACAUUUCAUUACCAAAAGACAGUAUCAAUUCAAAUCAUAAUCAGUACAUUGUUCAAAACUUAACAGACAAUACCAUGUAUGAAUUAAAAAUAAAUGGAGCGACAAAUAGUUUCCUAGGCAAUCAUUUAAUUGAAGGUGAAGCUUCAGAACCUCGUUCUGUCUACUUACAUAAAGAUUGUGAUAAUGAUAAUACUUCGAAAAAUAAUCAUAAUUUAAUUGAAAAUACAAAAUCCCUUUUGAUUGGUUUAUGUUGCGUAUUGGGAUUACUAUUCAUUGUAGCUGUUGUUUUAUUUUGGCAAUGCCAUCCUGUGUGUAGGGUAUACUUUCAUGCUGCUUAUUAUUAUCUGGAGGAUCCACCAUUUGUGUCACAUACUGUACCAACAUUGCCAAAUUCUGAUUGGUGGAAGCAUAAACAAGAAUCUCAUGUUGUGACAGUGGACAGUUUUGCCAGGCAUGUAGCUAAUUUGCAUGUUGAUGGAGAUAUUGGUUUUAGCAAAGAAUAUGAAAUCAUUCAAGAAGAGUCAAUGAAUUUUGAUUUUUCAACUGAAUCAUCACAACUACCAGAAAAUAAAUCAAAAAACCGAUACCUCAACAUAGUUCCAUACGAUCAUAGUAGAGUUAAGCUCCACAUAAAUAAUAUACCAGGAAGUCAUUCUGAUUAUAUAAAUGCAAACUAUAUUGAUGGUUUUGAAAAAGCUAAUGCAUACAUUGGUACACAAGGACCAUUACCAUCAACAAUUAUUGAUUUUUGGCAAAUGAUGUGGGAACAACAUGUUUAUGUUAUUGUGAUGAUAACAAAUUUAGUGGAACGUGGUCGGAGGAAGUGCGAUUUAUAUUGGCCAAAUGAAGGUAUAGAAACAUAUGGUUUUAUUCAGGUUAAGCUAUUAAAAGAAGAACUUAUGGCUAUGUAUACUGUUCGUACAUUUCAAGUGCAUCAUACACGAGUAAUAUUAUUAUAUUAUAUAUUUUCAAAAUAAAAGAUGUUUUAAAAAAUUAUAUAUUUUAGGCUAAAAAGAAAAAAAAACGUGCCAUUAGGUAGAACUAUAUAUCAAUAUCAUUAUACUAAUUGGCCUGAUCAUGGUACGCCAGAUCAUCCUUUGCCGAUCUUAAGUUUUGUGAAUAAAUCAGCUGGUGCUAAUCCAGCUGAUGCUGGUCCUAUUGUUGUUCAUUGCAGUGCUGGUGUUGGUAGAACUGGUACAUAUAUUGUCUUAGAUACUAUGCUUAAGCAAAUUAAAAGUGAAAAAGAAGUGAAUAUAUUUGAUUUCUUAAAGCACAUUAGACAGCAAAGGAAUUUUUUAGUUCAAACGGAAGAACAAUAUAUAUUUAUCCAUGACGCUUUAUUAGAAGCAAUAAAUUGCAUGUAUUCUAGUAUUAAUAGAAAAACCUUAACAAGUUAUCUUCAGACAGACAUAGCUGAUUGUAAAAUUGCAUCAUUUGCCUCAGAUUUUGAAAAACAUUAUAAGAUGAUAACAUCAUUUGUCCCACAAGACUAUUUGUUAAUUUCAGCAAAUAAACCCUUUAAUCGAAAUAAAAAUAGAUCUCAAGAAUUUGUUCCUGUAGAAAAUUCUCGAGUGCACUUAACACCAAAACCUGGAAUUGAAGGAAGUGAUUACAUCAAUGCAUCUUGGAUUAUUGGAUUUAAGCGGCUAGGAGAAUUUAUUGUUACACAGCAUCCUCUAGAAAAUACAGUUUUAGAUUUUUGGCAAAUGCUCUGGGACCACAAUGCACAGACUGUAGUAAUAUUAACUGACAUGAGUGAAGACACGGAUUCACUUAUUAAAUUUUGGCCUGUGGAUCCUGAUACAACAUUAGAUAGUGACAAUUUCAAAGUUAAAAGUGUUCAAGAAGACAAAAUAGGAGACGAUUAUGAAACAAGAGAUCUUGUCAUUCAAUCUGUACAAGAUGAUUUUAUGCUUCCAGUUAGAUUAAUUCACAGUAAAUAUUCUGUGAGAGAAUUAUCUUCAUUGAUUAAGUUAUUAGAAAUUGUACAAAUGUGGCAUUUAGAAUACCAAAAUGGUCCUAUUGUUGUAGUAGAUAAAUUUGGUGGAACAGAAGCUGCAAUAUUUUGUUGUUUAACAACUAUUGGUAAGCAACUACAACAUGAAAAUGUGGUUGAUAUUUCAUUGUAUGCUAAACUUUAUCAUAAUCAAAGACCAGGCAUUUGGAAGGACAUAGAAAAUUAUUUAUUAUUAUAUCGGGCUUUGGAACUCAUGUCUGGAGGAAGCUGUUUUAAUGUAUUACCAUCAACUUCAAUUACCAGUAUAAAUAAUGUGGCAAACGGUAGUCAUAGUUCACUUACUUUACCAAAUGGAAAUGCUCUUUCACCAAAUAAACAAAAUGGAGUAUUAAUUUCUCAAUCAUAGUAAUUCAUAAAUCCGUAUGUAGUUUAAAAGUAGCUAUUAAGUAUUUUAACUAAUUACUCAAUUACCGUGAUGGUGCAUUAAACAAGUCUUUUAGUGUCUUCAAAAUGUUUAGAAAUUGUAUGUUUAAAUUACUUAGUAAAUUUAUAUAUCACAAUUAACCUUCUGUUAAUUUAUCUGAAUUUAAAAUAGAAACUAUCUUAGUAAUAAACAACUAAGCAAAUGUUCAUUAAAAUUAACAUAAAUUAAUAAUUAUUAUUGGUAAUGAUAACAAUUAAUUAUCAUCAAAAUUAUUUUUAUUUUAACAUUUUUAAAAAUAACAAACUAUUUUUAGUUUAUAAUUGCAAUAUAUUUAGUAUGUUACUUAAUUACUGAUUUACCUGCAUAUUUACAAUCUUUUUUUAUAUAAAGUAGACCAGCAAUUUUAAUAUUAAAGACUAUUAUAGUAUUAUAAUUUAACACGAGAUACCUAAGUAAUAUUUCAUACAAAUCUUCAUCAUUCAAAAUGUUGAUCUCCUCGCCGUUAUUGUAAAUUUUGUUUGUAUUGAUUUAAGUUGUCUUGAAAUGUGUAAGGUAUUUUUCCAUUAAAAUCUUUUUACCAGAAAAAUAUCUUUUUACUGCCAUUACUAUCAUUACUGUUUUAUCAAUGCCAUUAGAAUUGUAUACAAGGUUUCUAUCAAUUUAAGCAAUUUUAUACAUUUGAUGGAUAAGUACCUCACUUAUUCAUUUUUUAUGUAAUUCAUUAUUAUAAUAAUUAUACCAUUCUAACUAUUUAACCAUAACCCUUAUAAUUUACUCUACUCAAAUAUAAAAACAUCUCAGGUGAAAUUUAAAAACAAAUAGUUCUGCUAAUCUAUUGUUAAAUUUGAAUCUUAUUUAUCAAUGCUUAGAAUAUAAUAUUACCAACCUUACAAACAAAUCAUAUAUUUUAGUAUAACAAAAUUAUAUUAUUAAAUAUUUGUGAAUAAUUUUGGUAUAAUGUUGUAUGAUGAUAUUAUAAAUAAUAUGAGUGUUUGUAUAUAAAUUGUUUUUGUUGGGCUUAACCAGAUGUACAGACUAAUAUAAUAUGUGUACAUAAUUUUUACCUCAAUAUACUGUAUAAGAAAACACUUCUGUGGCGGCCUUUUGCAUAAAUGUAUCCUAUUUUUUUUAGGAUACUGGAUGAUCUAUUUAACUUAAGACACUCAAUAUUCAAAAACCAAAUAGUUAUUUAAAAUAUUCUUUUUUUACAUAACUUAAAAAAUCGUUGUUUUAUUGUUACAAUCUUUAGUUGUUUUACUUUUUUAAAAUAUAACAUGAAUUUUAAUUCCUUACUCUAAAGCAGAAUGCUUUUUCAGUUGUAGUAUCUACUUUGCCGUAUAAAAAUUUAAUUUUAGACGAGUAUGUAGUUUAUGGGUAGUAAGUAUUUAAAAAUAUAACCAAUAAACUACUUGUCCGAAAUUUGAUUUUUAUAGAUCGAAGUACUCCAACAAAUAUUCUACCAUAGAUUAAGAAACUAAAAAUUCAUGUUGUAUAACCCGAAUAAUAUUCUACUUUGUAAGAUAAAAUUAAAAAUGUAAAUUAUCUUUUUAAAGAAUAAAAAACUUAAAAAUUAGUAAGGAAUAAUAUUUUUUCCAAAAAUAUUAUUUUUCAACUGCUUAAAAUUAUGUAAAAGAAAUAUUUUCUGAAAUAAAUAGUGUUUUACAUUAAAUAGAUCAGCAGUCCAUAUAUUUACAACAUUUUCAAAAUGUUGGAUUAUAUAUUUUUAAAUCUUUGUUAUUUAUUUAGUACAAACUAAAAAUACCUAAUUAUAAUUGUAUAUAGAACGUUUAGAUUGGGUAUAUUCAUACCAUAGAUAAAUAAACAUUAUAACUCUCAAAAUCUUUAUAGUUUCUGUAAUUAACAUAAGUGAAUAAUCAUGUUUCAUUGAUCAAUGAUCACCAUGAGUAAAUACUUCUUAUAUUUCUAUAUAAUGUAAAUUUGACUAUUAAAUCAAUAGUAUAAGUGCAAUUUCGUAACCGUAUUUACAAUGUUUUCCCUCAGUUCAUUUAUAUUGAAACUCAAGCUAUUAAAUUAUUAUGAAUUAAUCAUCAUUCCAUUUUCUUCACACGUUUUUUAUGUAUGUUUUUGUUAAUUGGAUUUUAAUAAAAUCAUAAUAAUUUGUAUUUAGGUAAUAUAUCUUUACUAAAUGUUGGUAAUUAUUGUUUACCAUGUCUAUAGUCAAUUUAAAUUUAUUAUUCUACCAAUGUAAAUGUUUCAGUUGUUAUAACACAAUUAUUCUAAACUAGACAUAUCUAAUUAUUCUUGUCAAAAAUAUAAAUAUUGUAAAACACAAUUGGAUAUUUUUAAAAACAUAUUUAUGAAGUCAUUCGAUUUUUAAAUAUUUUUGUCCAGCUAUAAAAAUCUGCUAUUAUUACUUAAAUGUAAAAAUUUAAAACAAAAACAAUAUUAUCAUUUUGUAC